UCCUUCACCGCAACCCAACACAGACACAGAGAAGAAGUACUAACCAGCAUAUACACAUAGAUAGAUACAUAUAGAAAAAUCAAUUAAUUAUUAAUGGCUUCGGCAGCAGCUCCAGCAUUUCACCAAAGCUCGCUAGACAGCAGCAGUGGUGGUGGCGCUGCUUUGAAUGCGCCAAAGCCAGUGAGCGUGAAAGAGUUGUUAGACUCCUCCACCGACUCCUCCACUGCCAUCCCUACCAACUACAACACCUCUUCGUUUCUGAAUGAACCUGCCGUUUCAGAGCCAGAUGAUCAGGAAUCCAUUCCCGUCAUUGAUUUCGGCUUGCUCACCUCUCCCGAUCCCAAUCAACGCUCCCAAGCCGUUCAAGACCUCACCAAGGCCUGCGAGGAAUGGGGUUUCUUCUUGCUGGUAAAUCACGGGGUGCCGGAGAGUUUGAUGAAGGAGACGGUGGAAGCAUGCGACAGAUUCCUGAAUCAGACGAUGGAGGAGAAGCUGAAAUUCGCCGGAAGAGAUGUGUGGGAGCCCAUCAGAUUCGGGACCAGCAUCGACAUCAAGGUGGCUGCGAAUUGCUUCCUCUGGAGGGAUUUCUUGAAGUUGUUUGUGCAUCCACACUUCAACGCUCCCACCAAACCAGAGGGACUCAGUGAGGUGGUGCAAGAGUACAGCAAAAGAACUCGCCAAGUGGUCCAGGAAUUGCUGAGAGGGAUAUCAGAGGGGUUGGGGAUGGAAAGAGGAUUCAUUGAGAAGGCCAUGAAUUUCGAAUCAGGUUUCCAGCUCUUCGCAGCCAACCUGUACCCGCCAUGCCCCCAGCCGGAGCUUGCCAUGGGGAUUCCGGCGCAUGCCGAUCACGGCCUCCUCACCAUUCUCAUCCAGAACGGAGUCGACGGCCUACAAAUUCAGCACAAGGGCAAGUGGUUCAGCGCCAAGCCCAUCCCCAACUCCCUUGUCGUGAACACCGCCGAUCAACUCGACAUAUUCACCAACGGAAAGUACAAGAGCAUUAUGCACAGAGCGGUGGUGAACAGCAAAUCUGCGAGGAUGUCCAUAGCAGUGGCUCAUGGACCAUCACUGGACACAGAGGUUAGCCCGUCGCCGGAGUUGAUGGAGAAGGAAGGCCGGCCGGCGGUGUUCAAGCCAAUGAAGUACAAGGAAUACAUGGAGCUUCAGCAGACGAAGCCCACUCCUGGGGUACCCUGCUCCGAGCUUAUUCGCAUUCGGACCCCUUAAGAGGCAACCUUCCUCCUCUGUCUUAUUCCAAGACUCUUUUUCCAAGAUUGCUGCUUGCCAUUGACCUGUCGGCUCGGCUGUCGCUGAAUAAGGAUCGAUUGACCACUUUAGAAUAAAUUUUGAAAAUUACUGUAUUCUUACUUUUAUGUGAACAAAUCUACUCAAAAUUAAUCAUCUGAAUGUGUUUGUGAUACGUAAAAUAUUUAAAUAAUUUGACAUUAUAAAUUUAAUAAAAUAUUAAAUAUAAAUAAUAGACCACAUCUGUA